AUGGAUCCAAAUAUAGAUCCCGACGUGUCAAAGUACCAAAUUGACGAUGAUACAGGGGUUUUAGAGGAGGAGAAAAUCAAUCAAACAGAGGACUCUUUCAAAAACAGUAGCAACGUUGAGAGCUCUGCAGAGCCAAAGGAUGAUUUGUUACCUACUUCCUCGAGCACAGCAGAAGCAGCUUUGUCUUUAUUGAAUGAUCUACGCCAACGCGAAGAGCAUGAUGCUCCGAACUCCUCCUCCAUUUCACCGGCUGAAUACAUGGACAUUUUACAAAAGAUGGGAGUGUCAAAACCUGAAAUGAAACUUGUUCAAUAUGAUCCUGAUGGCAAGCCAUUGCGUCUUGGACGUCCACGUAAGCACAUCUCAAAACCCCCUUCGCCUCCUGAGGCAUCUUCUACAAAGAAUUACAAUGAAUCUAUAAUGUCAAAGUUUAGAUUUGAUUCAAAACCAGUUGAAGGACCCGGAUCUAGAGGUGGUAAAAAUUCGAGGAAGCAGACACGUGGUAAGAUCACCCUGGAUGCGAUAAAGAAGCGACAACAAUCGGUUCUCAACUUUUCGGUUGUGAAGCCAACCUCUCAAAACGAGGAUGCAGCAUCUGAACACGAAACGAAUAACUGUGGCCCCACAAAGCAAAAGAACUCAUUUCAAUUGGUGUUAAAAGUACCAGAAAAAUCCAGUCUGCCGUUGCCCCCUUCGGAUGAGAAGAGGCAAAAGACGAGUGAAUCUCAUGCUGUCAAUCCUAUACGAAGGUCAAUUGCGAAGCGCAACCCCAAGGCUUUGCCAUCACCUUUGAUUCCGAUAAGCUCUGCGGAUGACUUUUUGGUUCAACACGAUGCAAGUCGCUUAGAUAAUGAAAUACAAUUGGCAUUGGGGUACCCUAUACGAAAGGCACCAUAUGCGAACGACAUUAUGUAUUUGGUUUCAUUCUUGAGCAAGUUUAGAGACAUUAUACCUGUGAAAAAUCUAGGUCCGAAAAGUUUCGAAGAAGGAUUGAGUUUACCUGCAUUUAGGGAGCAGACUGAAAGUACAAGAUAUAUUUUGAAGGAUGAAUCGAUUCAAAAUAGGAGUGAUUAUGAUGUCACAUACGUAUCACCGGAAAUGGACGACUUGUUGAAGAAACUACUCACAUUGGUGUUGAAUCGAAAGAAAGAAGUGACAUCAGCAACCAGUGCCAUCCUCGAACUCAAACCGCAAAGUACUAAAUUGGGGCUUCCGAAAGAAUGGAAAGUGUAUAAACCAGUGGAAGAGGACAUAUAUGAUGCAGGUGAACCAGUAGAUCCAGCACAUCCGGAAAUAUUGAUCAAGGAGUUUCCCAAGGAGUCAGACUUUAUGAUUACGUAUAAUCCCUUCUACACCAGUGAGUUUGAAUCACAGAGUUUGAAAGGUUUGAGUAAUCCUUUGGAUAGGCUACUCAUACUCAAAACACUAGCGCAAUGGUCUUUAUCUACUUCCGAUGCUCUAAAGAAUUAUAUAGCUCAAAAUGUCCAAAAUCAAGAGUUUCCAGGUGAAAAAGAUACUUAUUAUGCUUCAAGAGCACUUUUGUAUGGAUUUGAUAAUUGUCAACAAGUGAAGGCAAAGGCUGAUGCAAGGCUAUCAAAGAUGAAGUCCACUGAGGAGGAUUUGAAAUAUGUCGAUCCUACAUCUGAUGCAACGGCACACUCCAUGAAUCUUCGAUUGAUUGAGCAUCUUGUAGGUGAUUUGGGUUUUUUUGCUGGUAGGUUUUAUCUUUGUCGAAUGGCUGAUGGUGAUAAUGGUGGCCUUGCAUCAGUUAAAAAGAUGAGUAAUGUAUUCAAAGGCCAAAAUGUUGGAUUGGGCACAGUACCACCAUCAGAUUUCAAACUUUACGUCCAAGAUACGCAUCUAAUUGCAACUGGAACAGUACAAGCCGAGGGAAUCGAAUUUGAUAAAGAUGGAAAGGAGGUGAAAAGUUCAACAUACCCAAUUUUCGAUGAUUCUGAACAUUGGUAUGAAGUUGCUUCAAACGCUAAUGAAUUGAAAGAUUUUAUUGAUUAUUUGGAAGUGCAAUUGCAGGAUACAAAACGAUACAAGUCUUCCUCGGAUCUUUAUCAUUCAAUACUACGUUUAUUCGAAUACUUGUCAAAAGUGGGCCCAUUGAUUGAAAAGCAAGAGAAUUUGGAGUCCACGUCCCGACAAAAGAGGAAAAGGACUAUUGAUUAUAGUGAUACCCGUGCGGCUGCGAAAUAUGAUGAUGCAUUUGGCGAAAUUGGCGACGAGGCAUUAGUGGACAAUGGUUACGAUGAUGACAACUAUAUUGACGAUGAUGCACAGGAUGCCAAUGAUUCAGAAGACGACGACGAAUAUGUCGAUUGA